AGGAAUAUAAAUAUGUGCCGUAGAAAUACAAUGUGCUCAGUUGCUGGAUUAAGUUUGUGCAAGUUGUUCGUUUCUAUCACUGAAACGUAGAAAGAUGAAGAGAGUCGCGUUUUUUGUUUUAGCAUUCAUUGCUAUCGUAAUUGCAGAUGAUAAAGAUAUAGAGGAAAUAGCAGAGAAAUUCGGUAGCGACGUUGCGGAAGUAAAAAUAUGUCUAGAGGAACUUAAGAUAGAUACAAAGGAAAUACUACCCUUGCUUCAGAACUGGGAAAACAUAAAGCCUGAAGAAAUUACUGAAGAUGUCAAACAAUCUCUUACGACAUACUCUCUUUUCCUGGCUUGUAUAUUAGAAAAAACUGGAAUGAUGGUAGAUAGUAAGUUGGUUACAGACAAACUAAUUGAAGAUAUGGAAGCAGACAAGGAAAUAGUAAUUACGGAUAAAAAAGCUUUAGAGGAAUGCAUUAAUUCGCUGAAUGAAGAUUCCCAAUUGACGCGAGAAAACAGAGUUUUUGGUUUAAUGCUUUGCACACUCGAUCAAAUGGGCGAAGACAAAAAGUAAAAGAGAAUUUGUAUGAUAUAUUAUGUUGUUUGGAUUAUAACAUUUCCUAUGUAUAUUGUAUGCAGUGGUAGUAUAAUAUAAGAGAAAUUUAUGAUGUCGGGGUUUAAACAAAUCUAAACGCUGUUUCGAUAAGUAGAUUCACAAUAAAACUUGUUGCUUACAAAUCAUGUUGAUGAUGCUAAAUAAAAUUAAUUAGUUUAAUAGUU